AAUGAGUCUAACGUGAAAUUCCAACCAAGUGGCAGCGAAGUCCGCCAUCAGUGCCGGAUAGCGUCCACGACACCAUGGCAGGACUUGCGACUCGCUGUUUCUCUCGAGGCCUUUUUAAGCCUUUCCAGACUCUGAUUCAACCGAGAGUUCCUGUGAGACAUCUGAACCUGCUGGAGUAUCAGAGCAAAGUGCUGCUGGACAACCAUGGGGUCACUGUGCAGAAGUUCCGCAUCUUGGAUACGCACGAGGCUGCUGGCGAGACGGUUAAAACACUGAAUGCUGCCGAGUAUGUAGUGAAGGCGCAGAUCCUAGCUGGCGGCAGAGGAAAGGGCCACUUUGACAAUGGCUUCAAGGGAGGGGUUCAUCUCACCAAAGAGUAAGACUUUGUUGCAGCU